UUGCUAACUCAAUGGAGCUUGUUUCAUUCAUGUUGUAAGAAGUUGAACGUUAUCUGUAUCGUUAUCAUCAUUUAAUUCACCAUUUAAAAUUGAAACUAACCAUAGUGUUAUCAACGUUACACUAAAUUGACAAAAAUGUUGAGACAGUCUUUCCUCAAAGUUAAAAUACUACCAUAUACAGUUUAUGGAAAAUCUAAUAUUCAUAGCAGUAUUUAUGUACAACAACAAUUACAAACAACACCUGAACUUGUAGAACUUUUUGUUGAUGACAAGCCAGUUAAAGUUCUUCCAGGAACAACAGUUUUGAAGGCAGCAGCGCUAGCUGGAGUUGAAAUACCUAGGUUUUGCUACCAUGAACGACUGGCUGUUGCGGGUAAUUGUCGAAUGUGUCUUGUUGAAAUCGAAAAACAAGUAAAGCCAGUUGCGGCUUGUGCUAUGCCUGUGAUGAAAGGCUGGAGAGUGAAGACCAAUUCUAAUCUAUCUCGUAAAGCAAGAGAAGGAGUAAUGGAAUUUUUGUUAGUCAAUCAUCCUUUAGAUUGUCCCAUUUGUGAUCAAGGAGGUGAAUGUGAUCUACAAGAUCAAAGUAUGGCUUUUGGUAACGAUCGAAGUCGGUUUACUGAUAUUAAUUUCAGUGGAAAAAGAGCUGUCGAAGAUAAAGAUAUGGGUCCUCUCAUCAAAACCGUUAUGACCAGAUGCAUACACUGUACCAGAUGUAUACGCUUUGCUUCUGAAAUCGCUGGUAUAGAUGAUUUAGGUACAACAGGUCGAGGGAAUGAUAUGCAGGUUGGAACUUAUAUUGAAAAAUUAUUUAUGUCUGAAGUAUCUGGUAAUAUUAUUGAUCUAUGCCCUGUGGGAGCUUUGACCAGUAAACCGUAUGCUUUUGUAGCUAGACCUUGGGAAAAUUACCGAACUGAUAGCAUUGAUGUUCACGAUGCAGUUGGUAGUAAUAUAGUAGUAUCGCAUAGAUCAGGGGAAGUAUUAAGAAUUCUUCCACGAGUAAACGAGGAUAUUAAUGAAGAAUGGUUGUCAGAUAAGGCUCGGUUUUCAUAUGAUGGACUAAAAAGACAGAGAAUAAUUACACCAAUGUUAAAACGAAAUGGUAAAUUACAAAAUGUGGAAUGGGAAGAUGCUUUAGUUACAGUUGCACAAGCUUUACAAGAUCUUUCAGUUGAUGAGUCUGCGGCGAUUGCUGGAAAGAUGACAGAUGCAGAAUCUCUAAUAGCUAUGAAAGACCUCUUAAAUAGUUUAGGCAGUGAGCUUUUAACAACUGAACAACCAUUCCCAAUAAGUGGUGUUGGAGUUGAUUUUCGCAAAAAUUAUCUCUUUAAUAAUAAAAUAUGUAAUCUUGAAGACGCAGAUGUUUUAUUAUUAAUUGGUGCAAAUCCACGAUAUGAAGCUCCAAUUAUGAAUUUAAGAAUUAGAAAGGGUUAUUUGAAUAACGAACAAAUUAUCGGCAUAAUUGGUCCAAAAAUCAAUCUCUCGUAUAACUAUCAAUAUUUAGGACAAACUCCUGAUAUAAUCUCACAAUUGCAAGUUGGAUCACAUCCAUUUUUUGAAAUUUUGAUGAAUGCUAAAAAGCCUAUGGUAAUCCUCGGAGCAGAACAACUUUCUCGCAAAGACGGCGCGAGAAUCCUUGCAGAGACUCAAUGCUUAUGUAGAGUAUUAAAAAAUGAUACUGAAACUCCAGAAAAUUGGGAUGUAAUGAAUAUUCUUCAUACUAAUGCAUCUCAGGUGGCUGCUCUGGAUCUUGGUUAUGUUAUUUCUUUAGACGAUGUCAAGAAAAGUCAACCGAAAGUUCUUUUUCUUCUCGGUGCCGAUGAUAAGUCUAUCCAAAAAGAAGAUUUUAAUGGAACCUUCAUCGUUUAUUUAGGAAGUCAUGGCGAUUAUGGUGCUUCAAUAGCUGAUGUUGUUCUACCCGGCGCAGCAUAUACUGAGAAAUAUGGCACCUACGUGAAUUUGGAAGGAAGAUCUCAACAAACUAGUGCUGCAAUCACGCCACCAGGUUUAGCACGAUCUGACUGGAAAAUUAUUCGAGCUAUAUCUGAGAUUGCUGGUAGCUGUCUCCCGUAUGAUGAUAUACAUCAAGUAAGGAAAAGAAUUUCAGAGGUAGCACCACAUAUAUUACGUUAUGGAGAUGUUGAAGAUACAAAUUAUGGAGAUAAAGUUUACCAGCUGGCAGAACUCGAUCAUCAGCCGUUUCUCUUGGAGCCUAUUAAUAUCAAGCAAAAGACUCUAGAUCAGUUUUAUAUGACGGACUCAAUUUCUAAAGCAUCACCAACUAUGGCAAAAUGUGUACAAGCGGUAUUGAAACAGCAAAGUAAAAUUGAAUGUAGAUAAAUCAUCAUUGUAAAUAAAAGUAAUUUCAAAUUUAUAAAUUAGCGGAUAAAUCGUCAUUAAUAGGAAAAUGCUUUUACAAACGUUAAAUUUUGCUAUUUUAUAAAUGUUGUCGUACGUAAAGAAAAUAA